CAAAACCUGCGUGACCGAAACUCCCAAACAUUUACACAAUUUUUAACUUAUUACUAACACACCCUCACAAAUCAUUUAAUUGCGUAAAGAGUCUAUCCGCUGUGCCUUUUGAUUGUUUUAUAUUACAAGCUCUUCACACAACAUCUUUUCUAUAAAAACAAAACAAAAGAAGACAAACUGAUUUCGGACUUGCCACUGUUUAUGGAAAACGAUGCAUGUAAAAGUAUACAACAUGAUAACAUGAUUGUUUACAUUCGUUUAUUCGUUGCGAAAAUUCGAAUUCAAAGAAAAAGAAAUUCGGCACGCGUGUUAAAUUGUGAAAAAUUUGUAUUCUAACUAAAUUUGGUUAUAUUUUAUGAAAAAAGUGAUUAAAAACGUGAUUAUAAAAGUGGUCCAUAUAUAAUUUGAAAAGAUUAUUCACAAAAGUGAUGAAAUGGCGCAGCAAAAAACGGUUCGUGAAUGCAAGGUCCUCAUCCGCAAAAUUCAUCAAUCGGUAUGCCGAAUGACUGGUGAAGAUGUCGACAACGUUCAAACCGAAAUUGCUUCCACCCUACCAUUAAAUACGCUUGCUGCAGCUUUGGGAAUGGACGAAAAAUUGAAAUGCGACGAAUUUGCUGCUACAACGAAACAAUUCGUUUUGAGGAUAAAAGGUACUUCAGAUAGUGUACAUGAUGUGUUGCGAAGUCUGUACACUGAUGAACUUCUUUAUUUAUGUAACUGGGACGGUAGGGGUGGGAAGCAACCUCUCUCCAAAUUCCUGCUGGUUUCCAACAUUUUAUACGAUUCAUUCAUAACGUAUGGAUUGGCAAUGUUCGAAAAACAAGUUCGAAAAGCCAUUGAAAUGGGCCACCAUAGGCACAAACAAAGAAUUUAUAGGAAGAGGAAAACUGAGGAGUGAACCCUUUAAAUAUUUAAUAAAAAGUUAUAUGUAUUUCUGAUAUUAU